CAGGUAAUAACAUGGACGUCGGUUCCCUCUUCACUCUGAAGAACGCGAAAGGGAGGAAGAAGGCCCCGGCGGGCACUUCUGCCAGGGAGGGACCCUCCCAAACUGCUGCCGCCGCUGCUGGCGCCGGAGGGUCCAAGGGUGUCGGGCCCGUGAAAAAGAAGAACGCCGGCAAGGGGACCGAGCCCCCGGCCAAGAAGCCAAAGACUAACGCCCCUGCCAAACAGCCGAUCACCGAUGUGGUGGUGAUCGUUGACGAAGGACACGCCUCUGCCUCCACCCCCCAGGAACAAAUCAAUCAGGAGUUCUUUGGGCGGGAGAAGUUGGAGGCGUUAGUACCGAAGGGAGCCUCCGUGUUGGAGGGCAGUCUGAACCCUUCGGCUCUGAUGAGCCAGAUGCUGCCGUCGGCCGACCGACUAGCCCUUGCCCGGUUGGACGAGGGAUCCCUCGAGGCGAAGGUCCUCCUGAAUGCUGCCUCCAGCUUUAUGGGCCUCUGCGAGCAUCUCCGGAGGGUGGAUCAAAUGAGGGAGGCCAAGGGUAUAGCCGAGGGGGAGGCCGCCCUCCUCAAAAAGAAGCUUGCCGAAGCCGAGGACUCUCUCCGUCUGGCCACCGACGGCAUGGAGCAGAGGGUGCAGGCUGCAAGGGCCGAAGGGGUUAAUGAGGGGCUGGCCAGGGCCGGGGAGGCCGCUGCCGAGGCCGCCCGCAUUGCUGCUAAUGAAGCCCGCGCGGCUCAAGAAGAGGCCGUCUCCAAGGCCCGAGAGGAUGCGGUGACCAGCUUCACAGCCGAGGGGUGGAAGGCCGAAGACCGGAGAGAGUGGCUUGCUUCGGUGGUGGGGGCUUCAGUGGACGAGUGGGUCGGAGGCCCCGGAAAGAUGUGGCUUGCUGAGAGGGGCGACUCGUACUACCAAGACGGGGAGUUCUUCACCCAACGCCUUAUCUACCGGAAGCUUGCGAAGCACUUUCAGGUGGCACCGGAGGAGUUCCGUCCAGAGGCUUAUGGCCUCCCCCCUCGCCAGCCAGACAUCAGGAUCCCGCUCCCCGAGGGGGAAGAGAGGCCAGUUCUUGAAGACUCGGAGACCCUCCGGGAGUGCGGCCUUGGGGGUGAAGAGGAUGAAACCGAGAGCG